AUGUCAAAACAUUCCAAAACUAUGAAAUUCCUUUUGAUAUCAUUUUUCUGCAUAGCCCUUCUAAUUAACUCAAUAAAUCCCCAAAAUGCACCACCAAACCAUCAGGAUGUGGACCAUAUUGAAGAUAUAGAGGUCGAUGAGACUCAAAUCAUCAUAACCACCACUAAGCAUGGUCCCGUGGAACAUCUCAAAAUCCAUAUUGAACUGGUGGAUAUUGAGGCGAAUAAAAAAGUGAAUCCAGUGGACUUAAGCGGAUUAUGGCUCACAAUAACAAGAGGCCGCUACACAAUCCCAUUUCUCCGGCCGGAUACCUGGUAUGGCGUUAGAUUUCGAAGUGAGAAUCUCAUAAAUGGACAUACAGUAAUCCAUGAGGAUGAGAGAUUGAUCAAAACUCAUCCAAGAGGGGCGGAGCCUAAUUUGGGCGUGGCUUUGAUGGGAAUUCCACCUUCGCUGGGGGUACAGAAUGCUCCAUACCCAACAUCCCCAGUUUGGACCACGUUUAGCCCCAAUUUUGGGCAAAUUGCACCAAAUUCAGGGGUUUCUGGACUAAAUCAACCCUCGGAAACCCAUUUUUUGGGUCCGGAACAUCCAAAAAUGCCCGGAAACCCCGGAAAUGUGCCUAAAACCCCAUUGGAGACGCAUAACACUCACAAAGGCAGUGAGCACAACGCAAUCGACGUGAAAAUGCACAGAAGUUUGGAUGGAGUUGAAAAUUUUGAAUCUUUAUAUGUUACCGUAGCCUGGAAAGAAGCGGAGCAAGAAAAACGGACCAAUUUGACCACUGGAGUCGUAAAACUUCGUGUGAUCUGUGAUAAUUCGGAGACUAAAGAGGAAAUUAAACUAAAAGGAGAUGAGGACUCGGUUACUUUAGAGAUUACGAUGGACCAAAAAUAUGAUAUCGAGGAGAUGGACACAGCUAAACAUCAAAUAAAAGCUCAUAUUACACCAUUAAAGUGUCAUAAAAUUUGCUGGACAACAGAUUUGGUCCUUUCCUCUGGAUUCGGAGAUUUCACAAAGCAUCUAGGAUCGGAAUGUAAAGAAAUUUCCGGGACCACAAGCACCACAUUUUUGAGAAAUGUCAAAAAAGUGUCUGUAAUCGAGAAUAAUUUGUCUGAAAAUGAACUGGUCGUCGAGACCGAGGUCCAAGAGUCCGAAUACGGAAUUGUCACUUUGAUUCUACAAAAAUUGGGUGGAAACGAGACGGAGGAGCCCAUAAAAAAAACCUUUGACACCGCCUCCUCGAAUGGUCGAUUUGUGGUGCCAGUGGAAGACGACGCAAUUUAUGCCGUAAUUUACAAUUAUGUCAAGACAAAACCGUUUCAUUACACUUCGAAAGCACAUUUUCUCGUCGAAUCACCAGCUGUGAAUUCCACAAAACCGUCGCACCCACUGGUGGAUGUUUCUGUGAUUCCCACUAGUUUUGAUUAUAAGCACGAUAAACCGGAUACCGUACUGAAACCCGAGCCACCAUUCCUGCUGAUCUCCAGAUCUAAAAAUUAUCCUCAAAGUGAUCUACUUGUCAAAAUCGAACCAUUUUGCAACGAAACCGAACAGAAGUUCCGUCUGGAAGACCGUUAUCCCCAGCAUCAAAUCGAUGCGGUCCCAUUUUUAUGUGGGCUGAAUCCGAAGAUGUAUUUUUGCAACAAAAAUGGGACAACGUGGCAAAAGUGCGAUAGUACAUUGUGCUUUUCGACUUCCGUCUUAAUUGGAUUUGACUCUUUUGAGGCUGAUGACACUUUCAUUUUUCAGAGCCGCUGCCUAAAUGUGACCCAACACUUUCCGCCACUUGUCUCCUAUUCUUCAACGACUCGUUUUCUCUCCUAUUUUCUCUGCGUCUCUCUUUUUUCCAUACUCUCUCCCUCACAUUUUUUGACCUAG